AUGGUGUAUAUAGCUCUUGUUUUGCAUCUGGUUAUCUCGAUCGUGCGCACGGUUACACGUGUGUAUAAUCAGCCGUGUGAAAUGACGGAGUAGCCAGCUCGAGGGGAACAGGAUGGACGUGCAAAAAAUAUGUGAUAUAACGAACACUCGGCGAAAAUUCGCGAGCGAGUAUGCAGAGUAAAGAAACAUAUAAUUUUUCGCUGUUUAUGAUAAUGAUAAGUUGCGAGUCGCACAAUACAAAUGCAACGACGAUGAUAUGCACACGCGCGUCGUUAUAAUCGUGAACACCUCCACGACAGACGCUUGCUUUGCCGACGUGGUACCGAGCGUUAUCACUGCAUGCGGUAUCACACUGAAAACGCAGGAGUCAGAAUGGGGACAACAGACUAUGAUAAGCGACUUUUUUACGAGUGGUUCGUGUAAAAUUGACGGUGAGACGAUGGCCACUGUACGAUUGCUGUUAGCUUAAACGACACUGAAAUAAGAAGAGGAAAAAUGUGCUGUGAAGAGCAUUUAUCUUUUUGUAACUUAUAAGCUUUAUAUAUGAGCUCAUAAAAAAUGGCCUUGGAUAGUUUAUCUCAUCGAUACUUUUGACUUAUCAGAAGACAAAAGUGAAAUAUUAUAUCACGCAUUUUUACAAGCAAACAUGAAUAGGAAUGAGAGUGUAAUUCAUACUAAAAUAUUUAUAAUAUUAUCAAAUUAAAUCGCAGUUUAUAUGGUAUAUCAUGGUGCAGCAGCGGCUUCCUAGUUUCGAUGUUGUACACGUAGGUGGUCGAAGUGGACGGCGAUUUGUAUUAACUCUCGCAGUUGGGGUCACUUUCGGUUUCAUAUUGGCAUUGUUGCUUAUUACAUCCACGAAAGAUGUGCCGCAUAUGUUCAACUGGAUUCCGGGUGGCUCCGCCCUUUCCAGAGAUCCUCACCAUUACUCGGAGUUGGAAGCAGAGAUUGGACCAGACACUGAAGUAACAUUCCAUGGUGAAGAUGAAGACUUUCAUAAAGGGGAAGAUAAAGUUGCACAGGAUAUGGCGAAAAGAGUACGUGUUCUCUGCUGGAUCAUGACUGGUCCGAAGAAUCAUCAGAGCAAAGCUCGUCAUGUAAAGGCGACAUGGGGAAAGCGCUGCAAUGUACUCCUGUUUAUGAGUUCCGCGGAAGAUGCCAGUUUACCUACUGUAGUAUUGCCGGUGAAGGAAGGUAGGGAUAAUCUAUGGGCUAAAACCAAAGAGGCAUUCAAGUAUGCUUAUGAAAAGUACAAAGACAAGGUAGAUUGGUUCAUGAAAGCUGACGACGAUACAUACGUGGUGGUGGAAAAUCUGCGGUACAUGCUGUCGCCCUAUAAUCCGAAUUCGUCGUUAUACUUCGGCUGCAGAUUCAAACCUUUCGUAAAACAAGGCUACAUGAGCGGUGGUGCGGGAUAUGUACUUAGCAAGGAGGGUCUACGUAAAUUCGUAGAGGAGGGUUUACCUGAUAAGACCAAGUGCCGGCCAGACAAUGGCGGUGCGGAGGACGUGGAGAUGGGGAAGUGCCUGGAGAAGAUCGGUGUACACGCGAUGGACACGAGAGAUCCCCAUGGACGCGGUAGAUUCUUCCCGUUUGUGCCAGAACAUCACUUGAUACCUAAUCAUGUGGACAAGAACUUCUGGUACUGGAAAUACAUCUACUAUAAGACCAAGGACGGUCUGAACUGUUGCUCCGACAGCGCUGUUUCCUUUCAUUAUGUGUCACCGAACAUGAUGUACGUUCUAGAAUAUCUGAUCUAUCACUUGAGGCCAUACGGGAUUAAUCAUGGCCUGAAGAAACUCCCUCCGGAUCAAGCGUCAACGUUGACCGAUUACUAGUCCGUGAAACAUUGUCGUAAAUAAUAAGUUGCAAAUAAAUAGAUUCUUACGAUUUUCGUCUUAUACACGAUACUAGUCCAUUCAAGCCAACGAUCAGGUGUAAUAUGCCCCCCCCCCUCCCGAGAA